UUUUAUUGUCAUCUUUUGCGAAACGUCGAAAGUAGUCGCCAUCUGUUUGAAGCAGCGCAAAGGUGACUGGUUGGCUGGCUGCUCCAUCAUACUUUCAUUGGCCCUGGGACGCUCCUCUUUCACACAACCAAACCCCUUCCUAUACUUCUAAUCCCGACAUGGAACCCACCAAAGUCCAGUCAGAAGGUGGCUUAAACGUUACCCUCACCAUCAGGCUUCUGAUGCACGGCAAGGAGGUGGGCAGCAUUAUUGGCAAGAAAGGAGAGACGGUGAAGAAGAUGCGUGAGGAGAGUGGCGCCCGUAUCAACAUUUCUGAGGGUAACUGUCCAGAGAGGAUAGUCACUAUCACUGGACCCACAGACGCCAUCUUCAAGGCCUUCGCCAUGAUAGCCUACAAGUUUGAAGAGGAUAUCAUAAACUCCAUGAGCAACAGCCCAGCCACCAGCAAGCCCCCGGUCACCCUGCGUCUGGUGGUGCCGGCCAGCCAGUGUGGCUCCCUCAUAGGCAAGGGGGGCUCCAAAAUCAAAGAGAUGCGGGAGUCCACCGGCUCUCAGGUGCAGGUGGCAGGGGACAUGCUGCCCAACUCCACAGAACGAGCAGUCACCAUCUCUGGUGCCCCGGAGGCCAUCAUCCAGUGUGUGAAGCAGAUCUGUGUGGUGAUGCUGGAGUCCCCACCUAAAGGUGCCACUAUCCCCUACCGUCCCAAGCCUGCCUCCACCCCGGUCCUCUUUUCAGGUGGCCAGGCCUACACCAUCCAGGGACAGUAUGCCAUCCCGCAUCCAGAUCAGUUGACCAAGCUCCACCAGUUGGCUAUGCAGCAAACCCCCUUUACCCCCCUUGGACAGACCACCCCUGCCUUCCCCGGUCUGGAUGCCAGUAACCAGGCCAGUACUCAUGAACUCACCAUUCCCAAUGAUCUAAUAGGCUGCAUAAUCGGGCGCCAGGGAACCAAAAUCAACGAGAUCCGUCAGAUGUCUGGGGCACAGAUCAAAAUUGCUAAUGCCAUGGAAGGGUCAUCAGAACGCCAGAUCACCAUUACCGGAACCCCUGCCAACAUCAGCCUGGCUCAGUACCUCAUCAACGCCAGGUUCAGAGAUGUGGCAGCCAUGUGGAACGACCCCUCCUCCAUGACUACAUCCUGAGAACCUGACUGGCUGAAAACCCUCCAUCACAUGACCACGGCAGAUAUGAUGACCCGCACCUCACGACCCUGACCACGCCCACUGGACUCUGGGGCCCCGUCUCAAUACUCUAGGAAAUGCAUCCUCCCUUUCUCACUUCCGCACACCCUCACUUCCUCCCUUUUUGCAUUUUGAAGAGUAUUCCAACGGGGUCUAGAUGAGACUGAUAAAACCUGGAUUGCCCUAUGAUCUCCCUGUCCCUCUCCCCUAAAGCUGAAGGGCUCAAGGAGAGGGGGGGGACAACAUUUUCAGAGGACAGAAUAAAAUGUCUGUUGAUUAUUUAGAUUUUUCUUUUGUUUUCUAGAAAUGAUGUUGAAGCAUGUUGAAUGUUUAAUAGGAUAAAGUUGUGUUAUUCUUCUAUUCUGUCUCGCUUCUCUCUCUUCAUCUAUCUCUCUUUCUGUUUCUAUCUUUCUCUGUUAGUGCUGCGUCAUUGGAUUUCAGAAUCCACCUCCCUUCCCCCCCCAAAAAACAAAAAAACUGUAAAAGUCAG